CCGGGCUUCAUUCGAUGUCAUCUUACGCUGAGAGGAAUCUUCAUGCUUGUUUGCUUCUGUGGACGCCUGGCCUGAUUAUAGUAAUAGUCUAGGAAAGAAACAUUCCGUUGACCGUUGACCCUUUCUUCCACUCCUAGGAUAAGUGUCCACCAUGAAUAUUAACAUUACAAAGUUGAGAAUCAAACGCAUAUUGUUCCAUAUACAAUAACCAAAACUGACCAACCAACAGUAUGAGACAAAUAUCCAGUCACUGAAGACAACCUUUUUAUCUUCUGAGUGAAUAAGGAUACAUCUUCGGCUUUCGAGUUCCGUGAAUUGACCUGAAAUUUCCGAUUUCUUUAGCCGUUAAUCAGGUCGAAGCUUUGAACAUUGUUUUGUCAGUUGAAGCAAGAGACGAUCCCUAUAUGUCACUGCAACGUUUUCUUGAUUUUCAGGAGUAUUAAGGCAUUCCAGAGAAGACUUGAUAUCGAUGGCGUCUCUUUUUCCGAAUGAUUCGGGCUUUUCCCAUGUGAGUGCACCCGCCAGUCCUGAUGCGCCGAGAGUGACCAAUGCCUCGUUGUUCUACAGCACGCCGGCUAGUCCCUGCAGAGAGAAUGAGUAUCCUCCAUACAAUCUUGAUGCCGGAAAAUUAGACCCGAUAGGGUCAUGUGACCAGACGAGCUCGGAUUCUGAUCUGGACUUCGAGUUCAAGACGAGUUGGGGGUGUGUUAUCGACACGGACGAAUUUAUCAAGAGCCAGGACCUCGAGUCCCCGCUCCAUAAGAAGUCAAGGCCAAGGGGUGACUCACUCCCUUCAAUGGCAUUUGCUGAUGAGCUCUUCUGUGAUGGGAAAGUGAUGCCUCUGAAGCCUCCACCUUGUUCCUAUUAUGAGAGCAAGAACGGAAAUCAGAGUCCUAUCGGUUCACCUUCACCGAGGUCCCUGAGAUCAGGCUUUAAGGUCUCGUUCCAGCGCAGGAGCCGGUGGAACGACGAUUUCGACCCGUUCAUUGUGGCACUGGAGAAUGUCAAGGGAGACAGCAGGGCAAGAAGGACAACACAGGCUAACGAUCACAGGCGGACCAGGUCGCUCUCACCAUUCAGGGGCUUCAAAGCCGAGAGUCCACGGAGGUCCACCGACUUGAGGGGGAGGAACCACCAGGAAAAUGAGCGAGAAACACCUCGAGCACCUGUAAAACCACUGGUCGAGCCACUGGACCACGCCAAUCCACCCUUUUCCAAAUGGGUGCCUAACCAAAGAAAACAAGCCAGUCUUCAACAACUCGACCAAAAUCCCAUACAGAGCCCAAAACAACGGGAACCCCACGGCAAAGUUGAGGAGGGCCAGAGAGAAAAUGGAGAGUGCAUUGUGAGGGAGAGUAAGAGGCAAAGGAUCAGGAGGUUUCUGCUGAGGACUACGUCGUCGUCGUGCGAUGGAACAAAAGAAGGCGACGAAAAGGUGAAAGCUAACUGGAGGGCCAAGGUCAGUAUCCUGAGAAGGUUGAGCUUUGAGUCAACUGGAAGUGGGGGAGCGACACCUCAGAAUGAUGAGCAGAGAAGAGUGCCAUCAGUGGCUAAGAUGACACUUGUACAGUACAGGCCAAGGCUGUUCCUUUGUUUGGGUUUUGGUCUGAAAAGAAGGUCAAGGUAUAUAUAGUCGUUUUGAGUUCAGGUUGGCGCAAACUGGGAGGAAUUCAUGGUGAGAUCAUGCAGUUUUUGUACACUUUGGAAUUUGGAUGGUCAUGUCAACUCACCCACAGUUCUAGUCACUAAAUGUUUAUAUCGAUUUCAUUACUGUGCCCUCCUUUGUUGAUGUGAAAAGAAUUGAAAGGUGGGAUUUUUUU